AUGUCAAAUAUCCGAAAUGUUGUCGUAUUUGGUGCGAUAGGCAGCUUCUCCACUUCCAUCGCAACCGCGCUCGUACAAGCUGGCUUCCACGUGCUCAUCCAUGCCCGGCUCGAUUCUACGACGACAUUCCCGUCGGGCAUCCCACAUAUCAGGACGCAGUACACGUUUGAUAGACUGAUGCCGCUGCUACGAGGUGCGGACGCGGUAGUCACGAUCCUUGGUCUGGUCGACGUUUCGACGCACAACAUGAUAAUCGACGCCGCCGUAGUCGCGGGUGCGAAACGCUUCAUCCUGGGCGAUUUUAGUUAG